AUGGAUAUGGAGGAUAUGGGUGUGAAGCAACCCGAGGCCUUUCAUCAGAGCGGCGGGCAGACUUCCACAGCAGGAGAAGAAGAAAACACAGUGAAGAAACUGGGCAGCAGCACAGGAAGAUUUGCCAACGCCACAUUAGUGCGUCUAUCUGAGUUUUUGAGUGCGGGGUAUAAGAAGGGAGUGAGACCGGUGAAAGACUGGAGGACGUCCACUAUAGUGGCCAUCGACCUCAUGGUCUACUCCAUCCUCAAUGUGGAUGAGAAGAACCAGGUUUUGACGACGUAUGUGUGGUACAGACAGUCGUGGACAGAUGAAUUCCUGGUGUGGAACCCAGAGGAUUUUGAUGAAGUCAAACAGGUUUCUCUACCAACUGCUAACGUGUGGGUGCCUGACAUCCUCAUCAACGAGUUUGUAGACGUGGGGAAGUCUCCAGACAUCCCUUAUGUCUAUGUGACACAUGAUGGACUGGUGCGCAACUACAAGCCCAUCCAGGUGGUCACAGCCUGCACGCUCAACAUCUACAACUUCCCUUUUGACGUCCAGAAAUGCAGCCUCACCUUCCAGAGCUGGCUACAUACCAUUGAUGACAUCAACAUCACCCUGAUGCGAAGCCCUGAGGAGCUCAGGGAGGACAAGAGUGUAUUCAUGAACCAAGGAGAGUGGGAGCUGCUCCACAUACUGUCCAACUACAAGAUCUUCAGUGUGGACAACGAUGACUAUUACGCUGAGAUGAAGUUCCAUGUGGUGAUUCGGCGGCGGCCGUUGUUCUACACUGUGAACCUGCUGCUGCCCAGUAUCUUCCUGAUGGUGAUGGACAUUGUGGGUUUCUACCUGCCACCAGACAGUGGAGAGAGAGUUUCCUUCAAGAUCACUUUGCUGUUGGGCUACUCCGUCUUCCUCAUCAUUGUAUCUGACACUCUGCCUGCCACCGCCAUAGGAACCCCACUGAUAGGUGUGUACUUCGUGGUUUGCAUGGCCCUCCUGGUGAUCAGCCUGACGGAAACCGUGCUGAUUGUGCGUCUGGUCCACAAGCAAGACCUGCAGCCUCCUGUUCCCCACUGGGUGAAGUACCUGGUGCUGGAAAGAGCUCCGGUCCUCUUCUGCAUCCACAAGAAGCACCGCCUCUGCUCCACGCUGUCCUCCCAGGGCGCCGACCUGGAGCACUACAAGGACAACAACUAUGGGACUGCCCAAUGCACCCUCCACCACACCUGUGAGAUAGGCCGAAGGCUCAGCCAUCACGACAGAGACGGCGGACUGCUUGGACUGGGCCUGCCCCCCUCCAGGGACCCCACCCCGCCCGUCAUGGACAACAUCCUGCAGGAAGUGACGGCGAUACGCCACUUCCUGGAGAAGAGGGACAGGUGCCGGGAAGUCGCCAAAGAGUGGCUGCAGGUGGGCUACGUGCUGGACGUGCUGCUCUUCAGGGUGUACUUGGUGGCCGUGGUGGCCUACAGCAUCACGCUGGGCACGCUGUGGUCCGUGUGGCAGGUCGCCUGAGUCUCAGCCCUGUACUGCAGCUGUGGACACAAGCUCAGUGGGGAGAGCUUUGAAUUCAAAAGGCCAGAGUUAUUGGCUGUAUGCCCUUUGUAGCUCAGUGGGUACAGGGAAGCACUUGCAUAGUAAUGGAACAGGGAAAGGCUUCCUGUUGUUGGGGCCUAUGUACAAGUGACCAACUGGGUUUGCCACUAUAUCCCUACAAAUAUUAGUAUUAUCGUCAUAAUUUUAGGUACGAUCAGAGAGUUUUAAAGUCCUAUGAUGUCAGUGCAAUUUGAGGUUUUCAGGGCUAGCUCAAGGCUUUUUGAGACGCCUGAGCAGAAAUGUAAAUUAAAUUGUUAUUCAUCAUUAUGAAGCAGGGCUGCAACUAAUUAUUAUUUUCAUUGUCAAUUAAUCUGUCGAUUAUUUUCUUGAUUAA